AUGGCUAGGAAGAACAAGAAGACCUCAUCUGAGGAAAAGAAGAGUUUACUACAGAACCAAGAGGCAUCACAAAACACCAACCCCAAGAGCCCUGAAAUAGCCGGUAGCACCAAUGGACCCGAAAACACCGAGAGAAAACCAGAUGUCGAAAAUCUGGGCUUGAAUCAACCAACUGACGAAGAAUUGCCCUCGGUAAACGAGAGCCAUAUCCAGGAUGGUGAAAGCGACAACGUUGAUUUGACAACCAUGGCCGAGGAGCAGUCGUCCAUAAAGUCCACAGACGCAGUUUUGGAGGCAAACAAGGACGAUUUGAGCACGGUAGGACGCAACGAAGACCAGCCUACUGAGCAGGACUUGAAUCCAGACUUGGCUAAGUUCAUGUUUGCUUGUCAGGAGGGCAAUUUGACCAUCGUCAAGGACUUGAUUUCCUCGAAAACUGUAGGUGCUAAUGACACCUUUUCUGACGGGGUCACUGGACUCCACUGGGCCUGUAUCAACAACCGUCUUUCCUUGGUCAAGUAUUUAACAUCCAACGAGUACUCCAAGGCCGACCCCAAUCAGUUGGGUGGUGACUUGAAGGCAACUCCUCUCCAUUGGGCUUGUCGGAACGGUUUGGUCUACAUUGUGGACUACUUGCUUACCAAUACCAACGCCGACCCUUCCAUCCGCGACGUCCAAUCCUACAACUCCUUGCAUUUGGCUAUUCACAGCUCCAAUAUUCCAUUGGUCACCUAUCUCUUGUUGACUUGUUGCACCCCUCAUUCCACGAAUCCCAUUUAUGUGGAUGAACCAGACGGAUUCAACAGAACUGGUUUGCAUUGGGCAGCUUACCAAGGUGACAUCUUGACCAUCAAUACAUUGUUGCAAUUCGGUGCAGAUGUCACCAAGGUCGAUAACACCUUAUUUAUUCCUCUUCACUGGGCAUUCAUGAAGGGCUAUAAGUAUGUUCUCAAGGUGCUCUUGGAGGCCGGAUCAGAUAUACACGCUAAGAAUGACCAGGGAAAAGACUCUUUCGAGAUCGCAAAAGACAUGAACUGUGUUUCUACGUGGAAUCAGGUCUUGGCCGAGGAUGAUAGAGAUGCCAGCAACAACUGGGCUAAGAGAAGAAAGCUUAUGGAACCCAAAUUGGCAAAGUUGAUUACCUUUUUUUCCCCAUACGUGCUUUUGCCCGUAGCUUUACGCAUCUGUUCAUUCUCAGAAGGAUUUUUCAUUCCGAAAUUAUUCUUUGCAUUAGUCGUUUUUGUUGGUGGUAUAGCGUUGGUUGCAAAGACAAUUGUGCCCAUAUAUUUGGUUGAUGACAAGGCAUUGGCAAGAUCCCCUAUUUUAUCAGGAAUCUUCUCAGCAACCGCUUUUUGGGCAGGUUCUAUUUGGUUCUUCAAGAUUUUGCCUCUGACCUUUUUCAGAUACUUCUUCUCAAACAUAUUAUUGGGAGGAGUGUUUGCACUUUGUAUAUGGUCCUUCUUCAAGAGCAUGUUUAUCAACCCAGGGUAUGUUCCAGUGCCCUCAGAUAAGACUGUGACUUUGAACCAAGUUAAAGAUCUUAUUCAAAUUGGCAAAUUUGAUACCGACCACUUCUGCUUUGAUUCCAUGGUAAGAAAACCAUUGAGAUCUAAAUAUUCAAGACAAUCCAAGAAACUUGUUGCAAGAUUCGAUCACUAUUGUCCAUGGGUUUACAACGAUAUUGGAGUUAGAAACCAUAAAUUGUUUAUGGUCUUCGUGUAUACGCUUAAUUUGGCCAUUUUAUUGUUUACUAGAUUGUCAAUUGGUUACUUUGACAAGCUAUCCGACGGUUAUGACACUGACCUGGAGGGCGAGUGUUUUCUUUUAUCUGAUGAGCUCUGCUACGGGUACAGAAACAAGCAUUUCCAUUACAAUAUCGUCAUGUGGUGUCUUCUUCAAUAUGUAUGGGUUGUGUUCUUGGGUGCAGUGCAAACUUUCCAGAUCUUAAAGGGAUUGACUACCAGAGAGUUCAGCACAUUGAACAAGAGGAUAGAAAGAAACAAAUUCAAUCAUGCCACCUUACCAAGGGAUUUCACAUCAGAUUUAAAUACAGAGAAUCAAUCUGAGGGUUCUCCUGAAGCACCUACGCCAUCUAGAUCUGGCCACCACCACCACGGCAAUAAUGAUUUCAAAAUGUGCAUUAGAUUAAUUGGAUUGGACCAAUUCUUCAUGACCAUCAAGUUGAGUUUGGCCAGUUUGCCUUUUAUUUCAUCCUCCGCAGUUACUAGCAACCAAGCACAGGAUACAUUCAACUCCGUGAAUAUUCCUACCGACUACGGAAUGAAGCAAAAUUGGUUCGAUUUCUGGGUCUUGGGUGAUAUUACCUUCAGAAAUGUGUUCUACUUGCCUAUCGAGGGAGAGAACAAUUUGAACGGGAAGACUGUGGACUACUACAAGUUGUAUGAAUAUCCAGCCAAGUCCGAGGGAGAGCUUGUAUAG